AUGAAUAGUUCAUCACCUUGGAGAAAAGGAAUUUAUUCAACACUUGGAAUCUUAACAUUUAUUUAUUUCACAACAACUUCAAUAUUAUUUUACAAAAGAAGAAAUAAAAUACCAGACAUUCAAUUUCGUCCAUUACGAUUAAGUUUAAUAAAUGCCUUUGCUACAACCUUGCUAUGCUUGAUGAUUUGUUUUCAUUCCGCAUUUGGUCCAAAAGAAUUCCCUUGCCUUUUCGUAUAUUGGAUAUCAUCCAUAGGUAAUAUCAUAGUUCAUGUCUCUGUAACUUGUAGAGCAAUUGCAUUCGUCUGGGUGGCAAAAUAUAAUUUUGAAAAAUUAAGGAUGAACAUAUCAUAUCUAUCUUUACCCCAAACUCCAAUAACUCCUGGUUUUAAUGGGAUGAAUAGAUUAAAGAAAUUUGAACCUUAUGUAACGGAUGAUUGGUUAACAACAUGGAUCGUUUGUCCAGCUCUUAUUGUUGACGCUUACGGUUUACGAAAAGAGAUCUUGAUAUUAAUGAUUGGUGGUCCUUUAGGGACAAUAGUUUAUUUUAUUUGGGAAUUCACAUUUCCAGAAUUGUAUGAUAUUUUAGCAGGUUUCAUAUUCGCUUGGUUAUCUUUAGUGUUAGGUCAUACUUUAUCUAUAACCUAUCCUGUAUGGAAAUCCUACAAGGAACCAUUGAAUGCGUAUAAUUCAUCAACAACUUCAUUAAAUCAAGAAGAUAUUCCCAAAUCUACUGAAAAAAGUAACUUAAAAUCAAAGAAAUAUGAAUCAUUUGAAAAAGUUUUAUCAGACUCAGAACUAUUUGAAUGCUAUAAAAGAUGCGCAGCUGCCUGUUUUUGUACAGAACUUGUUCUUUUCUUACAAGAAUAUCAAUACCUAAAAUUCCUAGUUAUUCGUUGUUGUACUCCUUCGAAUAAUAAUGAAUUGUCAUUACCACAAACACCAAAGUUUACCGUCAGGGAAAAUGGUCACAUCUCAUUUCCUGGAUCAAUAAAGUUUCUAUCUGCCAAUGGACCUUCUUUACCUCCAUUUUCUCCAAGUUUUGUAACUGACACAACACCGUGCACGAAAUCUAUUACUGAAACAGUCACGGCGGCAUCUUGGAUACCUUUUCCAUAUGAAUUAAAAUUAGAUUACAAGACAUUUUAUGAUACAUAUUUAGAUCCAAAUUCUGAUCUCGCCAUAAAUUUCUCGGGAAAUUUAUUGAAUAAAAUAAAGGAAAUGAUCAAAAAAGAUCAAUAUGAAUUAUCAAUGUAUGAACAAGCUAGAGAAGAUGUCUUAAUGUUAUUAUAUGUUAAUACAUUUGAAAAAUUUUUGAAAAUGGGUGGUACAGAAGUUAAAAAUAAAAUGGAAAAAUUAUAA